AUGUCUAAAAGUAAAAUCUAUAGUUACAAUCUCUCCUUCGAUGUAGUGCAAGCUGCCUCGUCCUUCUUAGCUUGUGGAAUUUGUACUUUGUCCUUUGUGUUUUUGGGCAUUCCAAUUGGUAUUAAUCUGAGGAGAAAGAAAGUGUGGAAACCGAUAUUGGAAAAAUUGAGAACGAGAUUGUUGGAUUGGCAUAAUAGAAAUAUUUCUAUGGGUGGUAGGGUGGCCCUGUUAAAUGUUACUUUAGAAAAUAUUUUGAUUUUUCUCUUCUCUUUUCAUAAAGCUCCAAAGUGCAUUAUAAAGGAGAUUAUAAUCAUUCAAAAAUCGUUUCUUUCAGGUGGUUUGGAGGAUGUCAAGAAAAUAAGUUGGUUAAAAUGGUCCAAAGUGUGUUUAUCAAAGAAAAAGUUAUGGCUUGGAGUUAAACAUUAUGGGAUUUUCAACUUGGCUCUUCUUAGCAAGUGA